AUGUUGGAAAACGAGGAUACGCCCAGUGAUGUUACUAGCGAAAAAAGCGAAGUAACAGCAUCGGAGGGAGAAAUAAAGAAGGAGAAGAUGAAGAAGAAAGAAUCGCACAAAGGUUGCCGUGACUCAUGUUAUCACGCGAAGAAAAGACGGAAGGACUACAUUCAAAGCGCCAAUUUUGAGGAAUGCUUAAAAAAAAAAGGACUCAUUUUGGAUAUAUACGAUUGGAUUGUUAGCACGAAUAGUGAAGAAGAUAUGAAAAUAUCAAUUUCGUCAUGGGCUUACAAAAACUGUAAAAUAAUCGAUAUGCUAAAAAAAAGAUGUAGUGAGGGUAAAAAUCGCACAAGUGGAAAGAAAGGGGGUAGGAAGAUCCCCCCCUUUUGCCACAGAUGUUUUAUAAAAAAAUCUUUUGACAACCCCAAUUUUGGGAAUCCCCAAUGCUGCAAGGAAUUGCCCAUAAAAAGGCCUAUACAAAAUGGCGAACAUUUAACCAUAUGCCUUAAACGUAUAAUAAAGAAGUGCAGAAAAAUUUUUGGUAGGUCAAAGAAGGGAAUCACUAAUGUGUGCUUUGUUUUUAAAUACAAAAUUAGAAUGGACGGUCGGGACAGGUGUGUGUACUUAGUUAAUUUUCCCCUUUGCAACAUUCAGAAGGAUAAAAUUUUCCACAACAUUAAUAAUGAAAAGUCUUUGCUAUUUUUGUUCAAUAAAAAGAUUUUAAAAUCGGUGAGAGGUGUUAGUGAUUACUCCAGUUUUGUGUUUCCCUUUAAUAACGCGAAGGGGUGUCAGAGGGCCCUCAAAUUGAAGAAGAAAAUGGUUCAUUUUGUGAGUCAGAGCGAAGGGGUGAGAGGUGUAAAGAGAGCCGACAUUACGCUGGGAAGCAUACAGGGUGAGAGCCCAUCGGAGGAUAGGCAAAGAAGUCUAAUUGGCGAAAGUCCAACAGAAGUGUGCCACCAACGUGGGAGUACUGCCACUACUACUACUACUACCCCCCCUGUGGAUGGAGCCCCAAAAGAGGACGAUCUAUCUGAGAAACGUGGCACGAAGGAAGAAACAGAACCUAUAGGGAUAAUAACUCCAUUUAGGAAGCAUAAAAAAAAGGACAUCAUCUUCCACAUGCAUCUUUUCGAAUUGUUCAUUAGACUUAUAUUUGAAAACACGAAAACUUAUUUUACCUUUUUCAUCAACGAGUUGACGCACGAUGGGGAAUUCUAUAAAAAUGUGUACUACUUGAAUUUGAGCAAAAUUGUUAACGUGAGAGUGAAUCAAAGAGGAAAGAAAAACACAGCACAAGGGAGAGACAACAUCAGUGAGCUACACAAUCUGAUGAAACAGAAUGACGAGUGCAAACAUGUGAUAAGCGAAAGAGAUAACACUAUACGGAUGUUACAAAAUGAG